AUGGCUGCUGUGGGUCUCUCCGUUGCCUGGAGUCUACUCCUGCCAUCUUUGCUCCAGGCUUUCAGUCUCCCCACCCUGGACAGCCCUGCCUGGAACUCUUCUGCCCCAGAAUUGCCUUUUCUGAAUAGCCUCUCCCAAGAGUCUCGUCCACCAGCUGUGUCCCAUUUGGAUCCCAAUGCCCACGAAGUCUCUAGCGGGGAUGGGGAGCCAAGAGCUGAGAACUGGGGAGGUGCCAGUCCCACUAUCCCUCCUGGGCCCCCAAUCCUCAUGUUGCCCUUUGACUUCCCUGCAUUGGUGAGUUCUGGCUCAGGAGCAACCACAAAUGCUCCAGGAGGGAGGCUGGUGCCCCAAGGAGAUGACUCCUCUGUGCCAACAAGGGGCCCUUCCAUCAGUCAAAAAGAGCCUGAAGAUAUUGACCACAUAAGUGUGGAACCAAGUCCAAGGCUGGGGAGGAAUGGGAGCUCUCUGCCUUUGCUUGGCAUUGAGAUGACAAGCAUAGCCAGCCCUGGUACGGCCUCAUCCCCAGCUGCUUCCAGGAAACAUGCCUUGGACUUAAUAACCUCUCGGGAGGGAAACACACAUAGCCACCUCCGAGCAGUAUUCAAAGAUAUCUCCAUGGCAACUACAUUAAGCCCCAGGCCUACAGUGUCUACCAUCCCCUUGGUGACAUUGCCUACCAACAUACCUCACGUAAAGUGGAUGACAACUGUGGGCACUGAUCCUAGGGGUGAUGAUUCCCCAGGCCAGGAAUUACUUGGCCGGAAUCAAACCACAGUAAAAUACUUGGCUUCGUACAGGAGCACCCAGGUCUAUGAUGGUCCACAGGGCAGGAAAGACCUCUCUACCACUCCUUUUAGUCCCACUCUGGCAACUGGGUACACCCAGAGUCCAUUAGGGCCAGGGAGGGUCCCUGUGUACAUAACUUCCACUUCCCAGACACCUCAGUUAACCAGUACAGCUAUCCCACUGAAUAGGAAGGACCAUGGGCUUGGCCUUCUCCUGGAAGGGUCUUAUCACUCAGCCCCAGAGGAACCCUUCCUCAGCCCUUCAGCCUAUUCAACAGAAAGCACGGCAGGGACCCAGGAGCCAGCUGUCCGUGAAAGAAUUACCCACUGGGGCCUGAUAGUCGACACCACUCAACAGCCAGGAACUCGGGAUACGGCAAGAACAGAGUGGACUCACUCAACCGUCAGCUCUGCAAAGCCUGCUUUUUCCAGCUUUGCCACCCCAGGAACUGGAGAAGUGGUUGAUAUUGACCCACAGCGAGUCCGGGGAGCUGUGAUCCCAAGGCUUCCUGUUGGCUCCAACACUCCUGGACAGGGCACCUCUGUGACAGGGAAGGGCCCAGGCACCAGACAUCCAGAACCAGCUGGGACCCGUUUUCCUGGGCAGAGCAGUGCUGUGCUAGCCACCCCUUUGUCCCGCCUUCCAGCUACUCCUCGACGUGGCCUAAUCCGGGUCACCACACAACGAGCGCUACAACAUCCCCAGCUGGCCAGACCACAGCCCAGCUUGCCCUCUUUGCUGCCUGCCACCAGUCCCCCCUGCCCACGGCCCGGCAGUGCUUGCAGCCAUUUUUUGCCGAAUCAGACCUUGCUGCGGUGGGAUGACCUUGAACGGACACUGAGCUUUGCUUGGGCUCUGCAUGUCUAUGGCUCGGGUGUGCUGUUUCUCCUGCUUAGCCUACUGAGCUUGGCCUGCCUUGUGGGCUCUCUUGCCAUGCAUGCGCCACAUCUUCCAUAUGUUGUGGGUGCCAGUGUCCUGCUGCUAGUGUUUGGGGUACUGCGUGCCACAUUUUUUCUGGUGGACCCGUAUGGCUCACGCGGCUGGCUACCUACCCGUGCCAUGAGGGUGCUGUACACAGCACCCUUCCCUCUGCUGCUGAGUGCAUUUGUGGUGCUCCUGCUCCGCCUCCUCCAUCAGGCCCGCCUGCAAAUUUUGCCCCCAAAGCUGCAAAACCUGCUCUUGUUGACUGUCCUGGGGUCCUUGCAAAGCAUCCUCCUCCUGGGAUCUGACUUACUCACACCCCCGAUGCACCCAGCUGUGGCAGUGGGGCUGCACACACUUUCCUGCACUGCUGGUUUCUGCCUCUUGCCCAUCACCAUGUAUGUGUACUGGCAGCUACGGCACAGUGCAGUGGCCGAGGGCACUCCAGAGCCGGGAGUAUGGAGUGGGGCAUGGGUGCUUUUGGGAAGCAGUGGGUUGGCGUUACCAUGCUGUGGGCUACAGCUGUACGGAGUGCUGUGGCUCUCAGGACUGUUGGCCCAGCCGGAUGUUUUCACCUGGGGCUGGUGGUUUGUGCAGUUCUGGUUCCGAAUUGGUGAGCUAGUGCUGUCUUUCGCACUGGUCUUCUUAGCCUGGCAGGCCCUUUGCCAAAGGUACGGAAGUACCGAGCACUCCUGCUGGACCAAGCUCAUGCGCUACUUUUGUACCUACCGCAAGGAUGAGGUGCCCGAGUAUCCCAACAACUGUUACGAUUGGACUGGCGGAGUCCUGGAGAAAGUACCCAACAAUGAUAUCAGUAAGAGUUUGAUCCGAAACCCACCUACUAGUGGGCGCCUCUGGGCACUGAAAGACAGCAACGAAUUGCGGGCUGCAGCUGGUCAGGGUUCCGGCCCCUCUCCAUUACAGCCUAUCUACAGCCCCAAGUGCCCCAAUGCAGCAGCUGCUGCCAUGGGGCGCUCCUACACCAGUAUCUGCUUUGAACGGGAUUCUGUGCUCUCAAUAACUGAGCUGGAGUUCCGGCCUCCCUCUCCCAUCAACCUGAGCCGCAGCAUUGACGAAGCCCUCUUCCGGGAACAUUUGGUGCGUGAUUCUAUUUUCCUGCGCUCCAGCCUCCACUUCCCUUCCCGGUUGGCCCGCCAAGACUCCUGCUCUUCACUCCGGGGCGAGUGUUCCACCCUCUCCCACACAGCACAGCCUCUGCUGCCCCGGCCUCGCCGAAGCAGCAACCCAGACUGUCUGUACAGCUUGGCACGAGCAAGUUCAAUGGGCGAACUCACUACGCAGAGCCGGGGCCUUGCCAGUGAGCCCCCGACAGACACUUCUUUUGACAGCUUCUCCCGCACCUCCUUCUCUCGUGCCUCCCUCAAGAUCAGCUGGAACCCCUGGCGCCAUGGCCUGUCCUCACCAGAAAGCUUGCCUCCGGAGGAGCUGCCCUGCCAGGCCCAACUGCUGCCAGAUGAACUCCCUCCAGCUCCAUCCAGUAGUGCACCAAAUUCUGAAAGGGAGGCCAGGAGAAGUUUCUUGGCUCUCAGCAAACAGGUGGAUUCCCGCAGUCUCUCAAGUGACACCAUUGAAUUGUGA